AUGGACGCCAAGAAUUGUAUCAGGUCUGCCUCGCAGGGACUGGCUGUUUCUCAAGAGAGCGAGCUCGCCCAGCUUCUUGCAACACAGGGUGAAGUCAGAGAUUUAUUGAACGAAAUUCUCAAAUUUUUGAAACUGAGUGACACGUCCGACGCUUCGGUGCAAAAAUUAUCUGCUGCAAUCGAACACAGCGUCAGCAAAUUUGCGCGACCCAGUUCAGCGGCAGGUGCAAGCGGAUGCGUGCCAGUCAAAACAAACAGCGUCAACAAAAAUGCAGCGACUCAAAAGACGAAGCGAAACAUCGUGAAAAUGAAUGACAACAAGGAGAACGGCAAACAACUGCGCGCGGUAGCGAAAAACGGCGAGCAGCCGAAAUCUGCUGACCAUGCAUAUCUCGGACACACAGCUCCUGCGGCUGAGAGAAAAGAUUGGACCGAUGAAGACAGGGCCAUGCUUAGGGACUUCAGAAGAAUAAUUCGGCAGAGGAGAUCUCCUGAGUACCAAGGCAAGGUUAAGUUUGAGUAUAAAUGUAUGGACAUCGCUGAAGCGGAAGAGGAUGUUGUCGCCCACCUAGUCGGAGCUAACCUGAAAAAUACCAAGGGUGCGGCGAAGGCCUUGAUUGACAAGUUUGGCGCCAUCAACGCGCCGGGCUCAAAUAUUCGCAUCGGCAGUAUCGUCAUGCAAAGCAUAGAGGGGGAUCGAGCGAUUUGGCACGUUGCAUCCAAAGAGAGAACAGGUGACAAGAAGCACAAAAACCCGGGAAGGUUUUACAGAAAUGAGGUGGCUGCUCUUACUGCUUUGCGUGACAAAAUGAGGGAACAAAAACUUCAGAAAAUUGCCAUAACUAAAUUGGGAGCUGGAUUGGAUGGCAUUCCAUGGAAAUUCACAAAACAAAAGCUGAGAGAGAUCUUUGCAGAUGAUGACGUUACUCUGGUAGUGCACUACCUUCCUCGGAGGGAAGAGUUGCAGCGCGCCCCUUCAUCUCCGACAAACAGGACCUGGAGAACUGCUGGGUCGUGGACGCACAAGUCGAAGAGCUUUGUCGUAGGUAAAGCAACAAAGAAGCAAAGGACACUGCCCGUUUCGGAUAUGCUUGAGAGCGGCUCUUCGUCUAAUGCAACACUGGGCGGUGACGAGGAAACGCUGCUCGAUCGCCUAAACGUCACUUUGAGUAGUAUGAGAUCGGAAAUACAGCAGACCCGACAGAGCAUCGAGGAGCCGGCUACUGAGCGUUGUUCGUCACCAGGAAUCUCGACAUUCGUCCCUGAGGAUAAUAAGCAAAUAAACUCACAAAAAUGUUCUUUUGUUUCAGCUGCGCUGCCGUGCCACUUAAUCAGCAGCGAUCAACAUGUGGCAAGGCCCGCAGCUUUCCCCGGGCAAGGCAGUGCCCCAUCAGAAUCUGCCAAAGUCACAGCAGGAACAGGUGGACAAGCUAGGUGCACACCGGAGACCUGUAAAAAAGCUGGGGUGCCCUCCCGUGCGCCUAGCCCCACCUCAUCGCCAGCUAAUAAAGUCUGGAGCCCAAUAAGCUACCUGGUGGGGCUGUGUCACAGACGAGAGGGACUGGAUGGAGGGACGCUCAUGACCGUAAACUGA